AUUGAAUGAUCACAAGUGUUCCAGAUUAGUGGUCCCUCCAGGCAUUUUAUACUCACCACAUUUAUGGAGAGGAAGUAAGCCAGUGUGAGUAAAUUCCACCUACCCAGGAAGAAUGUACUUUAUGGAACUGAACUAAUAAAAGCAGCAACAAUCGCCCAACCCUUCUGUUCUGUUUCUAGAAAAUUUAAAGAAUAAGAAAAACAAAUUCAAACUGAGCUGGGAAAAAAAAUCUGGACAAUCUGUGAUCGUUUGAGUCAAGAAUUCAUCUAUGUUCUUUGAAAUCCUAGGAAUCUGUGUCCUCAUUACUCUCCUGAUGUGUGUCAUAUUCCUUCUCAUUUUAAUAGUGAUCUUAUCAUACCAAAGUGCUCAAAAGAGGAAGACACCUUGUUUAGGGAAUAUGAAGCUAACUCAUAAAAAGUUGCAGAUGAAAAGACCUUUAUCUCCCAUAGAGGACAGAUCCAUCUUUAUACUGCAGCGUGCAGAUGAGAACAAUCUUGUGAAACCUGGCAUUCUGAUGCAAAGAUCAGACAGUGAAGAAGCAUUGGUUAUGCCACCAGAUAAUGCAGAAGCCAGGGAGAAAAAAAGCAAGAUUAAGAAUGUCAGUAAGCUCAAGUGGAAUGCCAGACCUUCUAAGAAAGAGAAUUCCAAGAUGUCAGAAAAAGAAAACUCCUCUAACUCUUUCUCAGCUGAGAACAACAGAAGACCAAUAAAAGGAGUGACAUUUUCUCAAGAGGUCAUUGUUGUGGAUCUUGGGAAAGACAAUGAUAAACCUCAUUAUUAUACCAGAGAACAUAAAGAUAAAAAAUAAAACAUCUAAAAAGAAGGGAAGAAAUCAAACCAUGUGCUGGAAACACAACUGUGAGCAUGAAGAAUCACAAGCCAGGAUGGAUCAUUUCAUAAAAAUGGAUAUUCUUUCAUCUUUGGGCAGAAAAAAAGGUGGACUGUAUGUAAAAUACUAUAAGUGAAACACUGAGAGCUUGAAUAUAGUUUUUGAAAUAUCAUAUUUGAAUUCAAGAAA